GAGUUCGGUGCGCCUCAGGCCCACAGAAACACAUUGCCGUAAAUGUUUUUUCCAUGGACAUGCAUUUGAACAGAAGCAAUUAGAUAUACUCCGAGUGUGCCUGUUAUCUGCGCAUCGUUUGCUGGUGUGCCGGAAUUAAACAGUCUUGUCCUGCUGCAGUUGUGAAAAAGCCGCUGUCUCAUCGAGUCCGACUGAGCACACAUGGCGAGCGUGUCGUUGCAGCACGACUGUUCGUUGCCAUUUUCUUGAAAACUUCCUAAUUGAACUUGUCUUUCCCUCGUUUCCGAGAGGCAUUGCUCUUUGAACUAGACGUCUUGCCGAAGGAAAAGGAUGCGUGUGGCAACUCGAGGCAGGCAGGAACAUUUACGGUGUGCGGAUACUUGAAAGUCGGCACACCUUCGCUCGAUGGCGAUGGCGACAAGGAAAACUCGGCGUUGUCUUCCGGCUCCUAGUUCCAUCAUCGUUUUCCUUCUCGUCCUGGCGUCUGUCGCGGGGAGCUGUUUCGUUGUUCAUGGAUUUGCCGAAUCUUCGACACCCUGUCGAGCGCACGCUCCCGAUCACGGCCGGGGGCGGAAACCUAGCGCCGAGGAUGAGGUUGAGAGUCUUUACUCGACUGAAGUGGAGAACGCUUUUUCUAGCUCACCGUCCAGUUUAAACUACACCUCUCUGGACCUUUGCCCGUGCAGCGCAGGCGAAUUGCUCGGGGAUCCGCGAACUGACACAAGUUGGCUCGCCUGCAGCAAAACCCACACCGGAAGCGCCGUCUUUCCUUCUGCAUUUUUUGACGCGACCGUGGAAUCCCGCACCCAGUCCUGCCCCUCACGCAUGUGCAUGUCGGCUGUGUCAAACAGCGGAUUCUUUCCAGCUUGUGAGGGUCCUUCGAGCGUCAGGGCCAACGGAACUCAGAGCGCUACCUUGCAGGUUCACACGGAAGAAAGCCGCGUGGAAAAGAAAGGGCAGAAAACAGACGUUGCGGGAAUGGAGAACGGUGUGGGGGUGACCGGAGGAUGUACAGAGCAGGACGAAAAAGGCGCUCCGCCUCAUGCGGUGGCUCACAACGACAACGGCCAUCCGAAAAGCAAGACUUUUUCUAGGACGAGCAACCGUGAAAGGAAGAGCGCUUCACAAGAGCGGAGAAAGCGAGAAGCCUCGCCGGUGCUUGCACUUGAGUGGAAGCGCUUCCCUUAUGACUUCGCUCGAGGUGAAUUCGAAGUUCAUGGAUUUCCACUGUACGUAGAAGGACCUUCGCACAUCCGGCCAGCCCACCUCCAGCAAGAUGCCGACACCGGGAAGUCCAUCUGGGAUGGCAGCGUGGUUCUGGCUCGAUUCGUUUCUCAGCGCUUGUUUCCUGCUCCACAAACGAGUGAGGCGUCCUCGUCGAUCCAAGAUGCGGCGCCUCGGCCUAGCAAAGAAGCUUCAAGUGAAGGUCCACCACGCCGAAGGGUCGUUCUAGAACUCGGCGCAGGGCUCGGUGUCGCUGGCCUCGCCGCUGCGGCGGCUGGCACACGUGUGGCUUGGGAACUCGGAAAACGCGAGAGAGAAGUGAGUGCAUGCGCCGGAUGUGACGAUGCAUGUGCGACGCAGAAAGACACGGCGCAAACAGAUCGAGAGUCGGAUCUCGCUGGCGUUGCCGUCUCAGGAGGCGAGUCUCACGUCACUAGUGCGAAGCGGAACCACGUGAUCUUGACAGACUUACCAUAUUGCCUGGACACACUGACUGAGAAUGUCAGGCGGAACAGCCACUUUGCAGUAGAGAGCAGACCUUCCGCAAAGGCUGCUGAUGCUGAGGGGUGUGACGGGAGCGCUAGGGACGCCGCCGCAAAAACGCAAUUGAGCCUGAACUCGAGCGAGAUGCCCGUGAAAAGCCAGGUAUCUGUGGUGGCACUAGACUGGAAUGAGCCUGAGAAGUUCACUGAGGCUGCAAAAGGAGUUGUGCAUCCUGGAGAAGUCGAGGUGCUGUUGGGCGCAGAUAUUGUCUGGCUCGCGAGUCUCGUCGAGCCGCUGGUCAAGACCCUUGAUUGGUUUUUCAAGGAGAAUCGAAAAUGGAAGUUGAAGGCCGGAGACGAGACGAGUGCGGAAGACACAGAGGUGAAACGGUCGGCCGUUACUCCAGUGGUGGCAUACAUCGCUCAUCAGACGCGUUCGGAAAAAACGGACGAGACGCUGUUCCGUGCACUUGCUGCAAGAGGUCUUGAGGUCGAGACACAACACUUUGACGAUCCCGUCGCAAACAGAAGUCCGAAUAUCCGGAUUCUAAAGAUCUGGAAGAACGACUAGCGCGUGUGCACGCCAUUUCCGACCGUCGGUUUCGUUUGUUGAGUGCCACUCCUUGCCGCCCUCACUGUACGAGGCAAGGCUUGCUUUGCGCUCAUGCCGUCAAUCAGGGUCGCGUAUAUUCUCUCUUUCCCUCGUUCGUUGCUUCUUCACAUCCUAGCGGGACUGAAUACCAUCUUCGACGGCGGUAGCUUGUCCUUCGAAACGGGCGGUCGUUGCUCCGUACGUAUCAACAACUUCUGAAUCCAGGUUUUGGUAACGUACUUCCGUUCUCUCUCGUCUGCGAUAUGCUAGUGGGGACAGAAACGUGUAGGCCGGCUUCGGCCAACGAAUUGCACUAAGCAAGAAGUGGUACCUAAAUGACUUCUGACGGACUUUCCGUUGUAGCUUGAGACGCACAACCAACAAACUCCUCAUAUGUGCAGUAUCGCUUCAUGAAGCACGCGUCGGGACGGCUCUAAACGCGUUUGUUCACAGUGAAAGAUGCGAAAGUCCCGGAAGUUCGUGCGAUCUUUCUUAACCGUGAGAACGCGAUGGUGAAUGAGGCUGUGGAAAGUCGAGGGCAGCAAGUGUGGAGAGCGGUCUCUCGGAAAGAGGGGUUCGCGUCCGACAACCACAGCUGUGACCGUCAGGGGGAAACACAUGGAAGUGUGAAGGAACAGAGGUAUCCUUCAGUGCAACAACAGCCGUAAGGGUGGACUGAGCCUCGACCCAGGUCAGUGCUUUUCGCACAUCUGUCCAUUCUUGUCUGAGACAGGUAGCGUUUCCUGACAGAGAGAGCACGGCUGCAUGUGAACAAGAUUUGUGCUCUCCUGGAACUACCAUCCUGCUUCACGUAGGUCUGCUGGAAAGACAUGUGGGAACCGAAUCCGCAGUAAGACGCGUCUCACGCAGGCAUAAUAAUGCUAAAUUCCAGAGAGGGCCCGGUAAUUCAUAUUCGACAUAGGCUUCGGACGAGCUGAAGCGCACUCAAUUCGUCGAAUCACCGUUUUGUGUUUCAGUCAGGAAG